CCGAUCUGAGAACGAUUACACCCUAAACCAAUCUCUCUGGAACCCUCCUUUCCCCUCCUGCGACGAACCAAGCGACCUUUCCUCCUCCCCUCUUCUCUCCCCUUCCUUCCCUUCCUGCCCGACGCCAUGAAGCGCUCCGCCGACGAUCGGGACCGCAAGCUCUCCUCCGCCACGGAGGUCAAGCCCGUCUUCAUUUCCAAGGCCGAGCGCCAGCGCCUCGCUCUCCAGCGCCGCGAGGAGGAGGUCGCCGAGCAGCGCCGCCUCGCCCAAGACCUCCUCCACAACCAAAUCCACCGCCCCUCCUCCAACUCCACGCCCGAGCCCCCCUCCUCCACCCCCGAUUCCAACCACCGCCACCGCGAUCGAGACCGCGAGCGCGAGCGCGAUCGGGGGGAUCGCGACCGCCGCGCUCGCGACCGCGACCGCGACCGGGACCGGGACCGAGAUGAGGAGGCGCGGAGCCGCGAGCGCGCACGCCUCGAGAAGCUGGCGGAGCGGGAGCGGGAGAAGGAGCUAGACUCCAUCAAGGAGCAGUACCUGGGGUCCAAGAAGCCCAAGAAGCGGGUCAUCAAGCCCAGCGAGAAGUUCCGCUUCUCCUUCGACUGGGAGAACACCGAGGACACCUCCCGCGACAUGAACACCCUCUACCAGAACCCCCACGAGGCCCGCCUCCUCUUCGGCCGCGGCUUCCUCGCCGGCAUCGACCGCCGCGAGCAGAAGAAGCUCGCCGCCCGCCAGGAGAAGGAUACGCUCGAGGAGAUCCGCCGCAAGGAGGGCAUCGAGGAGCGCCCCGAGGAGGCCGCUGCACGGCGCCAGAAGGAGGCUGCUGCAGACCUCUAUGAUGCCUUCGACAUGCGCGUCGACCGCCACUGGACCGAGAAGCAGCUCGAGGAGAUGACCGAGCGCGACUGGCGUAUAUUCCGUGAGGACUUCAACAUCUCCUACAAGGGCUCCCGCAUCCCCCGCCCGAUGCGGAGCUGGCCCGAGAGCAAGCUCAGCGCUGAGCUCCUGAAGGCUGUGGAGAAGGCUGGGUACAAGACACCAUCCCCCAUCCAGAUGGCCGCCAUCCCUCUCGGCCUUCAGCAACGCGAUGUGAUUGGGAUUGCCGAGACUGGAUCCGGUAAGACGGCCGCCUUUGUCCUCCCCAUGCUUACCUAUAUCACGAGGCUGCCGCCCAUGAGCGAGGAGAACGAGGCUGAGGGGCCCUACGCAGUGGUGAUGGCACCUACUCGUGAGCUCGCACAGCAGAUCGAGGAUGAGACGGUGAAGUUUGCGCAUUAUCUGGGGAUCAAGGUGGUCUCGAUUGUCGGAGGUCAGUCCAUCGAGGAGCAGGGGUUUAAGCUGAGGCGGGGGUGCGAGGUUGUGAUCGCCACUCCAGGGCGUCUUCUGGAUUGUUUGGAGCGACGAUAUGCUGUCCUCAACCAGUGCAACUAUGUUGUUCUUGAUGAAGCUGAUCGGAUGAUUGACAUGGGAUUUGAGCCACAGGUUGUUGGUGUCUUGGAUGCAAUGCCUUCCAGCAAUCUGAAGCCUGAGAAUGAGGAUGAAGAGCUUGACAAAAAGAAGAUCUACCGGACGACUUACAUGUUUAGUGCAACCAUGCCCCCAGCUGUGGAGCGCCUCGCUAGGAAGUACUUGAGGAACCCUGUCGUUGUGACAAUUGGCACAGCUGGAAAGACCACGGAUCUCAUUACCCAGCAUGUGAUCAUGCUGAAGGAGUCGGAGAAGAUGUCCAGGCUUCAGAAGCUGCUUAGUGACCUCGGUGACAAGACGGCCAUUGUGUUCUGCAAUACGAAGAAGACUGUGGAUCUAAGGGCCAAGGACUUGGACAGAUUGGGCUAUAGGGUGACGACUGUCCAUGGAGGGAAGUCGCAGGAGCAACGAGAGAUCAGCCUUGAGGGAUUCAGGAGCAGGCGGUUCAAUGUUCUUGUGGCGACGGAUGUGCUAGGUCGUGGGAUUGAUAUCCCGGAUGUUGCUCACGUUAUUAAUUAUGACAUGCCAACGUCGAUUGACAUGUACACUCAUCGCAUUGGAAGGACUGGGCGUGCUGGAAAAACGGGAGUGGCGACUACGUUUUUGACUCUUGGGGACACUGAUGUUUUCUAUGAUCUGAAACAGAUGCUUAUACAGAGCAACAGUCCAGUGCCACCAGAGCUGGCCAGACAUGAGGCAUCUAAAUUCAAGCCAGGAGCAAUUCCUGAUAGACCUCCAAGGCGAAAUGAUACUGUUUUUGCUCAUUGAUGGAAAUUGAUGGAAAUGGGACUCUGGAGCUCGAUGAUGGACCAAAUAUCAGAUUUUUCUGCUGUUGGGAUACGGUGAUCUCAUUCUUCUUGCUUUUAUGGCCAUUCAUAUUUCUCCUUUUGAUUGGGAGAAGGCAUUUAAAAUUGCUUGGUCCCAAGUGAUCAAUCUGUUCCCUGCAACCUAUCAACCGUCCCAUCCUGUGGAACACUGGAUGUGAAUGAUUCUUUGCCAUUGAUCACCUAUGGCUCUGGCUGUAGCUUUAUCACUCAAUAGAAACGGUUAUACCAGCUUAUAGAACAGAUGUUGUUCAAGUAAGUUCAUCUUUCCUAUCUUAUUGUUGUUUGGUAUACUAGUUUAUUACCCUUAAUGGGAUCAAAUUAUAAAUUUUGAUGUAAAGAUAAGUCACCUUAUUUUCUUUGAUCAAGAUCAACCCUCUCUCUCUCUCUCUCUCUCCCUCUCUCAUCUCUCUCUCUCUCUUGCUCACUCGCUCGCUCGGUCAAGCUUAGAGAUGUUUGUGGGACUAUUUGGACUUCAAAGCAGCAAUGCAACUCUUCAUGCUAUUGUUAAGUGACUUUUGUGACCUUUAGCAUAUUCCUUGGCCUAACUUAUGUUAUCUUUCUUUUUUUCUUUAUUUUUGAUAUCAGUUUUACGUUAUCUUUAUAGUUAUAUAAUCCUUCUGUUCUUUAUAAAGAAUCCAAAUCCUUGUGCAGUUCUAUAUGAUCUUUAUUUCAAAAUAGAAAAGAUUUUUUGCUCUCUCUCUCAUACCCACACCCACACCCACAAAAUCAAUCAAUCAAUCGAACAAACAAUCAAUCAGAACAUCUCUUUCAGUCUUGCUGAACAUUUUAGUGUGUAUCUCAAGCAAUUUAUGUUAUUCGAGAAUCCAGGAUGCUCUUCCUGCUGUAUGUUUCAAUUUUGAAAUUGUAGUAUUGGGUUUAGAGCACAUAUGUCUACCUAUGAUCAUGCACACUUUGAAUGAUGCCAUGACUUUAAUCCACGUCCACUGGAAUGAACUUAUUUCCAUUCUAAUGUUCCAAUCCUUUGUUCUUUCCUGUCUUUAAGUUGGUUGCUUAUGAUUCAUUUGAUGCAAUCUUAUUCCAUGUGCGUGCCAACAGUAUUCUGACUGGCUUCCUGACCUAAAAUUUUAUUUGGCUUUGGAAAUUCAAGCUUGGAAAGUAAUUAGAUGAAAUCCAUGUGCCAUGACAAUAUGAGGAGCAGUAGUGGCCACAUUUGAUGCGUAUUAUAGAAGUGAAAAAAUGGCAUCAGAUCUUUAUGGAAGAGAUAAUAUUUAGGCUGGAUAUAUUACAAGCUGUGGCUUGUUGAUCAAAUUUUGUGAGGUGGGAUUUGCUCAGGAUCAAGUCUGUACCAACUAUUUUUAUCUUCAAAUGCAUAAUUUCUUUUGAUAACAUGAUUAAUUUGUAGAAGGAUAUUAAGAGAGGUGCAUGCAUGUCUGGCCCUUCAGCUCAUUUAUUUGAAGAGGACCAAUGAUCACCUUCAAGUUGAAUGUUAAAAUAAACAAUAAAAACAUUGAACUAUUUUUUUCA